UCAGUCCAACUCUGCCCAGCUCAUUCGACUUCCAACCCUGUCCUAAAUCCGAUGCAUCAAAAUUUAUUAAACACUUGACUGACGCGUUACACAUUUUUCAUUUGCACUUUUUGUUGAAUAAUCAAACAUAAACUUAACGUGUACGCUACAAAUGCAUUAAGCUGCAUGAAUAAAUUUGCGUGGCGUUGUUUAAUUAACUAAUGUGAAGGCAGCGAAAUAUGAUUGUUACGCAGUUAACCAUUUGGCUACUGUUUACAAUAAUUAACGUGCCUAUUAUGACUUUUGUAGAUUGUGAAUCGAUUUUUCCCACACGCGACCAACAGGUGAAUUUGCUCGACAAUGUUCACGAACUGUUUGAGCAAAUCAAGGAAGCUUCAACUAGCGAGCAAAAUGCGUUAGAGGAAUCGUUUAAUGACGAUAUGGAGUCGAGCUUAAAUAUGGCAGUUUUAUACAAAGAAACUCUUCAGGAGCUGAUUAUUUUAAAACUGCGCUCGAACAGUAAUGCUGUAUGUUCAUUUACCGCCUUUGACCAGAUGGUAAUCGUUGGAAAUCGUACCACUGAGCAACUGGAAGUGUGCAAAACAAUGGGACAAGAUUCGUUAGUUUCAAUGUUGGCAAAAGUAACAUCGGACAUGGAAUUUGCCGUAAAAGCCGGCGAAAGCUUUCUGCUGAAGUUGAAAUCGUGCAGUAUCAAGAAAGGGCUGGCUGUAAUAGCGUGCUAUAAUAAAAUUAUUCAAAACGACGUGAUUCCAGUGAAAACACUGCUUUCGCAAGCGAUCGAAAAUCAUCGGAUUGCUCACAUCGAACUAUUUGGUUUGAAAAAAGCAUUUAAUCAGUGCAUUGAGGAAACGAUACACGAGUGCCGAAGUAAACUGGAACAAAGCUUCAACGAUGGAUUAACCUGUAACUAGGUUUUAUUUAAUAAUAAAUAUCCUGACUUGUUUUUUGAUAA